GACAUUCGCCCAAUCCUCGCAGUUCACAAAGAGCCAACCGACAUUAGUCUCGGCGUUUUCCCGCGCGAGGCGUUCCCUAAUGGCCCGGAGUGGAAGGGGCGAACCUCGGGGUGAGGUGUAGUUGUGCGGCAGGAACCCCAGUUUUGCACCUUGUGCCGGAAGAGCGCUGUCGGAGUUGAGUUUCCACCCCGCGAGGCAAGAUGCUCAAGUCCAAGACUUUCUUGAAAAAGACGCGGGCGGGCGGCGUGAUGAAGAUCGUGCGCGAGCACUACCUGCGGGACGACAUCGGCUGUGGGGCGCCCGGGUGCGCGGCGUGCGGCGGGGCGCACGAGGGACCUGCCCUCGAGCCGGAGCCCCUGGACCCGGCGAGCAGCCUCUGCCCGCGGCCGCACUACUUGCUCCCUGAUACCAACGUGCUGCUGCACCAGAUUGAUGUACUUGAAGACCCUGCCAUCAGGAAUGUAAUUGUGUUACAAACAGUUCUCCAAGAAGUGAGAAAUCGAAGUGCUCCAGUAUAUAAAAGGAUCCGAGAUGUGACUAGUAACCAGGAGAAACAUUUCUAUACAUUCACUAAUGAGCACCAUAGAGAAACUUAUGUAGAACAAGAACAGGGCGAAAAUUCAAAUGACAGGAAUGAUAGAGCAAUUCGAGUAGCAGCAAAGUGGUACAAUGAACAUCUGAAGAAAAUAUCAGCUGAGAAUCAGCUGCAAGUUAUCUUCAUAACAAAUGACAGGAAAAACAAAGAGAAAGCCAUAGAAGAAGGAAUUCCAGCUUUUACUUGUGAAGAAUAUGUAAAAAGCCUAACUGCUAACCCUGAACUCAUAGAUCGUCUUGCUUGUUUGUCUGAAGAAGGGAAUGAAAUAGAAAGUGGAAAAAUAAUAUUUUCAGAGCAUCUUCCCUUAAGUAAGCUACAACAAGGCAUAAAAUCUGGUACAUACCUUCAAGGAACAUUUAGAGCUAGCAGAGAAAAUUACUUAGAAGCUACAGUAUGGGUUCAUGGAGACACUGAAGAAAAUAAAGAGAUAAUCUUACAAGGACUUAAAAAUUUAAACCGAGCUAUUCAUGAAGACAUUGUGGCUGUGGAGCUUCUCCCCAAGAAUCAGUGGGUGGCACCAUCUUCUGUGGUUUUACAUGAUGAAGGUCAAAAUGAAGACGAUGUAGAGAAAGAAGAGGAGCGAGAAUGCAUUCUUAAGACUGCUGUAAAUGAAAAAAUGCUGAAGCCUACAGGUAGAGUUGUAGGAAUAAUAAAAAGGAACUGGAGACCAUAUUGUGGCAUGCUUUCCAAGUCUGAUAUUAAAGAGUCAAGGAGACAUCUCUUUACACCUGCUGAUAAGAGAAUCCCUCGAAUUCGGAUAGAAACUAGACAGGCUUCUACAUUAGAAGGACGGAGAAUUAUUGUUUCAGUUGACGGCUGGCCCAGAAAUUCUAGAUAUCCAAAUGGACACUUUGUAAAAAAUUUAGGAGAAGUUGGAGAUAAAGAAACUGAAACAGAAGUUUUGUUACUUGAGCAUGAUGUUCCCCAUCAGCCUUUUUCCCAGGCUGUUCUUAGCUUUCUACCAAAGAUGCCCUGGAGCAUUACUGAGAAGGACAUGAAGAACCGAGAAGACCUGAGACAUCUGUGUGUGUGUAGUGUGGACCCACCAGGGUGUACUGAUAUCGAUGAUGCUCUACAUUGCAGAGAACUUGAAAAUGGAAAUUUGGAGGUUGGUGUUCAUAUUGCUGAUGUUAGCCAUUUUAUUAGACCAGGAAAUGCUUUAGAUCAAGAGUCAGCCAGAAGAGGAACAACUGUGUAUCUUUGUGAAAAGAGGAUUGACAUGGUUCCAGAGUUGCUUAGUUCUAACUUAUGUUCCUUAAGAUGUAAUGUUGACAGGUUGGCAUUUUCAUGUAUUUGGGAAAUGAAUCAAAAUGCUGAAAUAUUAAAAACCAGGUUUACCAAAAGUGUCAUUAACUCAAAGGCUUCCCUAACAUAUGCUGAAGCUCAGAUGAGAAUUGACUCAGCAACCAUGAAUGAUGAUAUAACCAUUAGUCUCCGAGGACUAAAUAAACUAGCAAAAAUUUUGAAAAAGAGAAGAAUUGAAAAAGGGGCUUUAACUCUUUCUUCUCCAGAAGUUCGAUUCCACAUAGACAGUGAAACUCAUGAUCCUAUAGAUCUGCAGACCAAGGAGCUUAGAGAAACAAAUUCCAUGGUGGAAGAAUUUAUGUUACUUGCUAAUAUCUCUGUUGCAAAAAGAAUUCAUGAAGAAUUUUCUGAACAUGCUUUGCUUCGAAAACAUCCUGCUCCUCCUCCAUCAAAUUAUGAAAUUCUUGUUAAAGCAGCUAAAUCCAAGAAUUUAGAAAUUAAAACUGAUACAGCCAAGUCUCUGGCUGACUCAUUGGACCGGGCUGAUUCUCCUACGUUCCCGUAUCUAAACACUCUGUUAAGAAUAUUAGCCACUCGCUGUAUGAUGCAAGCUGUGUACUUCUGCUCUGGAAUGGAUAAUGAUUUUCAUCAUUAUGGCUUAGCAUCACCAAUAUACACACAUUUUACUUCACCCAUCAGAAGAUACGCAGACAUCAUUGUUCAUCGGUUGUUGGCUGUGGCUAUUGGAGCUGACUGUACUUAUCCAGAGUUAACAGAUAAACACAAGCUUGCAGAUUUAUGUAAAAAUCUCAAUUUCCGACACAAAAUGGCUCAAUAUGCCCAGCGCGCAUCAGUGGCAUUUCAUACUCAGUUAUUUUUCAAAAGCAAAGGAAUAGUAAGUGAAGAAGCCUAUAUUCUAUUUGUAAGAAAGAAUGCUAUUGUGGUGUUAAUUCCAAAGUAUGGUUUGGAAGGUACGGUAUUUUUUGAAGAAAAGGAUAAACCAAAACCACGACUUACUUAUGAUGAUGAGGUACCUACACUUAAAAUUGAAGAUACAGCGUUCCAUAUAUUUGAUAAAGUUAAAGUGAAAAUCAUGUUAGAUUCAUCUAAUCUUCAGCAUCAGAAAAUCCGAAUGUCUCUGGUGGAACCACAGAUACCAGGAAUAAACAUGCCCAGUGAUACUUCAAGCACGGACAUUAAUGAACCAGACAGAAAGAAGAAGAAGUUUUAAAAAUAGCUUUAGUGAAAGAAAAAAAAACUUCAAAGAUUGGUUUUCUAAAAAAAAAAAACUUGAAAUCACUUUAUAUCUAAGAAAUGUCUGAUAGUGUUACUUUUAAGUACAUUUUAAUAAUUUUAAAAAUUUGCAUUUUUAUUGAACUGUUGACUGUGUCCCAUCAUAACUACAUUUCUGGAUUGAACAGAAUUAUUUAUGCAGAAAAAUUCAAUUGAAUAUCACUUUUAAAUACUGACAAGUUAGCAACUUCAGGGAUCUGGAAAGAUCAUUUAAAUGGGGCAUUCAUCUGCUCAUUGAAGAGCAGAUUAAUUUUACAUAAGUAAUUUGAUUAUUUAAUAUUGAUGGAACAAAAGCUCAUUUUCUUAUGGAGGAAAAUAGAAUAUUUUUAGAAACUAGGAACAAUCUAUUCUCUCUAAAUCUUGAAAGCUGUCAGUGUUUGGUAUGGCAGUUUUUAGACAAUGAAGUCAAGAUCUGUUGAGGAAUUUAGCAUUUAAUCUCCUUUGCCAUCUUUAAUUUACUAACUUACAUUAAGUGUUUCCUGCUAAAAAAGCCGUCUACAUUUUAGUUGUCCGUGAAAAGCUGUCCAUGUUUGUGAAUUGAAUGUUGUAGUAAGACAAGCAGGAUAUUUAAUCUGAUUGGAAAAGUUUUUUCUUAAAACCAGGUAAUAAAUGAGAUUAUUAUCCUUGAACUUCAGCUCUCAUCUCUGACAAGUAAGGCACUGAGACUUGAGAGCUCGCACUUUAAAUAUCUGUUACUUGUGAAAUAAAAUGUGUAAUUUUUGUUUUAAAGAUUUAUUUAUUUAUAUAAACACUGGGUACAGUCAGAGGCACGGGAGGGUGAGAGAAUUCAACAGAGCCAGAGCAGAGAGUAGAAGAGGCAGAGUGACGAAGUACACUGCUGAGGGGAGCAGUGGGCAGCAGGAGAGGUCUGCGCACCAUGUGGGACUCUCGCCCGGUGACUGGGGAUCAAACCAGCGCUGCAGAGGCUGCAGGCAGCUUUGCAACCCAGCACUCAACCGCUGGACCACCAGGGAGGCCCAAAAUGUGUAAUUAAUGGCUUUUAAACUGCAUAUGAAUCAGGUUAUAUUGAAAAUGGAGGACUGUAUGUGGACAUAUUAAAGGGAAUAGAUUUAAGUAUUAUUUGUUGAGCCAGUGACUACUUCCCUGGC